AUGCUGAUUGGUAUUUGUGGCGCAAAAUGCGCCGGUAAGAGCGCCGUAGCUCAAUACCUCAUAGAUCACCACGGCUUCACAAAACUGUACCUGGAGCAAAAAAAGGAAUCCCAAACUGGUGUACCAGAACAACCGUCAAACUCCGAAGCAAUCCCAACAACACUUUCAAUACACCAACCCUCGGCCACUCCAGCAUCUCACACCUUCCCCACCGCCACGGCCCUCCUAGACUUCGUCACCAAAUCCUGGCGCUCCCGCUGGGUAACAACCGAGAUCCACACCGAAGCCGUACUCGAUGCUCUCUCCCGGCGCCCCUUCUUCAUCCUUAUCAGCGUCGACGCGCCCCUCACCCUCCGCUGGCGCCGUCACCAACAACGCUCCUCCUCCCUCUCCUCCCCUUCCUCCACCACCACCGCAGCAUCCCCCCCCAUCUCCCUGGAAGACUUCGUAACCCAAUCCGACACACACCUCUACUCCCCUUACACAGGUGCCCAAUCCCUCAUCUCACGCGCCACCAUCCGCCUCCUCAACACGUCCUCCUCCCUAGCACACCUCUACGCCACUCUCGGCAAACUGGACCUCACCAACCCCGACCGCCUGCGCCCGAGCUGGGACAGCUACUUCAUGUCUCUCGCCUCCUUAGCCGCGCAGCGCAGCAACUGCAUGAAACGAGCCGUGGGGUGCGUGCUCGUUGGGCGCGAACGCCGCGUUAUCAGCACAGGUUACAACGGCACACCUCGAAACCUGGUAAACUGUGGGGAGGGUGGUUGCGCGCGGUGCAAUAGUGGCGAGGGGAGCGGGGUGAGCUUGGGGACGUGUCUGUGUCUGCACGCCGAGGAGAAUGCGUUGUUGGAGGCGGGGAGGGAGAGGAUCAGGGAGGGGAGCGUGCUGUAUUGUAAUACAUGCCCGUGCUUGACGUGUAGUAUCAAGAUCGUGCAGGUGGGUAUCAGUGAGGUGGUGUAUAGUCAGGGGUAUAGUAUGGAUGGGGAGACGGCGGAGGUUUUCAAGACGGCAGGGAUUAGGCUGAGGCAAUUUUCGCCGCCCGCGAAUGGGUUGAUACACCUGGAGAGGUUAGAGUGA